ACAAAAUGGGGAGCCUAUCAAUGACCAGCCCUUUGCUGGCUCAAUAGUUCCCUUACAGCCGUCAAGCCGUCAAUGGCGUAUUCUGGCAAAGAAUAAGACCGGUUAUGCCAAAACUGCACUGCAAAAAGAAACUUGAUCUACUCGCCGAUGAGCUCCGCGGAUUCUCCAGAUGAAGCUCUCCCAUCCGAUCUCAUCCUUCUAAUUCUCGCGAGACUCCCUGUUAAGUCCCUUUUCCGCUUUAAAUCUGUUUGUAGAUCAUGGUUCAGGCUCACUUCUGAGAAGCACUUCAUUAUGCUAUACUCCGCGACCUCCUCAGAUAAACCCGUUGUUUUGUUGGAACUUAUCGAGGCCGCGACUCCCAUCUCCAGUUUCCUCAGCGUUGAUAGAUUCAAUACUGUUUCGUACUUUUCGUUGAGUUUUUUGGAAGAUAGAGUCAAGGUGAGAGCUUCCUGCAACGGUCUCUUGUGCUGCUCAAGCAUCCCUAACCGGGGAGUCUUCUAUGUCUGCAAUCCGAUGACAAGAAAGUACAGGUUGCUUCCGAGAACCAGAGAAAGACCCUUCACUCGGUUCCACCCUGACUACGAGGAGACCCUCGUAGGUUUGUCUUUUGAUCCAUCUUCAUGGAGAUUCAAUGUAGCCGUUGCCGGAUUUUGCCGGCCAUUUGGGCGGAGGCCACACGAGGAGCUUGUGUGCAUGGUGUUCGACUCAGGAACUAACUCUUGGACUAGGUUUGUUUCAUCUCUUUAUGAUGAAUUCACCCACAUGAAUAGAAAUCAAGUUGUUUUCUGCAACAAUUCGCUGCACUGGCUUACGCACAGCUGCUCCUUUGUGCUUGUGCUUGAUUUGAGGGGUAAUGUUUGGAGGAGGAUUUCAUUGCCGGAGGAGAUUGUGACUGUUGAAUUUUUUGGAAGAAUUUAUCUUCUGGAAUUGGAGGGCUCUGUCUCUUUGAUUCAGAUGUUAGGUGUGUGGAUGAAUAUAUGGGCUCUGAAGGACUAUGACAGAGAGCGUUGGGCUCUGAUUGAGAGAGUGCAUCUCAGGUGCAUUUGGGGGUUUGCUGCAAGUGCUUUUCCGGUAUGCUUAAGUAAUGACGUAGUGUUCUUGGCAACACAGAGGAAAAUUUUGACAUAUGGCAGAGACAAUAAGGUGUGGAAGGAGGCUUUUUCUGUUGAAGACAAUGUAGCAUAUCCUUUGUGGUUUUCAGCACAUCCUUUCAGGAGCACCCUAUUUCCUUGUGACCAAGGUUUGCAAGUCUAAUUCAGUCUUUUUGAUAGCCAGUUAUUUUUCAAAAACUGGUUGUGCGGUCUUUUGUGUGUGGGAAAAGCUCUACCAAAAUCCAUACACUUGGAGACAGUGUAGCAUAUCCUUUGUGGAUCUCAGUACAUCCUUUUAUUAGCAUAUUAUUUCCCUUGUUCACACUCUCUUCUUCCUUUGGCACAUUUGAGAAUACACUUGAGAGCAAAUCCCCCAUCCCUUUGAGAGUACGUGUGAUUUUCCUUCUAACAGCACAACAAAUCUUGGCCAAAUGAAGGUUUAAUGUUGGACUUUCCUAAUUUUUUU